AUGGUAGAAAUUAAAGAUUUAUUAAAAACUGAAGAUGAAGAAGUUUUUUUUGAUUUAGAUAAUACAACACUAUAUAUUGGGUCUCAAAGUUUAGGUGAAGGUCACAUUUAUGUUACAAAUAAAAAUGUACAUUGGAUUUCAAAAAAUAAUAUAACCAAAUAUACAUUUAAUUUCUAUUCAAUUGGUUUAAAUGCAGUAUUUAGUAAAACCGAUGAAUUCCCAUCAUCAGUUUAUUGUCAAGUUGAUGAAAUAGUUACAGUUGCUGAAAAUAAUGAAAAUUCUGAUAAAAUCAAAGACGAAGAAGAUCAAGACGAAGAUGAAGAAAAUAGUGGUGAUGUAGAUGAUGAUGUUUAUACCGAAAUUAGAUUUAUUCCUUCAGAUGAUUCAAAAAUUCAUUCAAUUUAUGAUGCACUUUGUAAAGGUGCAUUAUUAAAUCCAGAUUCAGAAGAUGACGAAGAAGGUGAUUUUUAUUAUGGUGAUGGCGAUAAUGAUCAACAAUUAGCUUUUGACCCAAAUGAUCUCAAUAGAUUUGAUGACCCAGAUGAUGGUGAUGAUGAUGAUGAAGAAAAUUAA